CGAAGGAGGAGCCUCCCUCUCUGGUCUCCACUUGCGCACACAAACCCUCCAGAGCUUUCUCAGCAAUGGAGAACUACUCCUACCCUGACUCCCGCGAGUCCUCCCCACGCUCCCGCGAAGUCGACUGCGACACUCCCUCCUGGGACGACCAGCCCCCUCCUCCUCCGCCCUCCUCCACCGCCUACAAGGUCAAGCUCUUGUGCAGCUACGGCGGCAAAAUCCAGCCCCGUCCCCACGACAACCAGCUCGCUUACGUCGGCGGCGACACCAAAAUCCUCGCCGUCGAUCGCAACAUCAAACUCUCCGCCUUCAUUUCCAAGCUCUCCUCCAUCUCCGACUCCCUCUCCGACGCUCCUCCUCUCUGCUUCAAGUACCAGCUCCCCGGCGAGGAUCUCGACGCCCUCAUCUCCGUCACCAACGACGAGGACCUCGACCACAUGAUGAUCGAGUGCGACCGCCUCUACCGCGCCUCCCCCAAGCCCGCGCGUCUCCGCCUCUUCCUUUUUCCGGCCAAUCCUCCCGCUCCGGCGAGCUUCGGCUCCAACGAGUCCAAGUCCGAGCGCCAGUGGUUCGUCGACGCCUUGAAUUCUGUCCAGAUCCAGUCACCGGAGGGCUCCUCCCCCACCGCUCCGGCCUCCACCAACCCCGAUUUCCUGUUCGGAUUCGAUAAAGGCUACGCCGCCGCCGUUCCGGUGGCCAAAUUGCCCGACUCCGUUACUCCUCCGACGGUUCCUGAUUCGCUGGUGAAGAACACUCUGGCCGGCGGCGGCGGCGGCGGAGGACCGGAAUUGGUCGCCGAACCGGCGCUGUCGCAAUUGGAGAUUCAGAGGCAGAUUCAUGAGCUUCACAGAAUGCAAAUUGCCGCCGGUCACGAGCCGACUCUGUAUCAGAGAAAAGGAGAUGAGCAGCUUCCGAACCCUCGUGGAGCUUACACAGCUGAUUACUACCCUCAGAAGCCUCCAGAAAACAUAGCUCCGGGGCCGGGAGCCGCUCCGGUCCCAAUGCCAGCACACCUGCAGUUUCCCACCGGUUAUCUGCCAGAGAGGCACAUGAACACUGGAAGUUAUCACGUGGCGGCGGCGCCCGGUGCUGGUGAGCAGCAGCAGCAGCAGCAGCAGCCUGUGUACCUCGUUUCCACACCUGCUGGUGUAUAUCAGGCUCCGCCUGGUCAUAGACCGGCCACUGGACCAGUCGGGCAGGCUUACUAUGGUGUGCCGCCACAGAGAAUGGUUCCCGAGGUGUACCGCGACGCUCAAGUGUACAACACGGCAGUGGCAGCUCAGCAGCAACAGCAGCAUCAGCAGCAGCAGCAGCAACAAGCAAAGGUGGCUGCUUACAGUGAAGGAUUUGCGCAAGUUGGUUACGACAAUGCUGGGAGGCAAGUGUACUACACCACAGCUGGAGGCCCAGUGGCUUCAUCUUACCAGACUGUGGCGCCUGUGCCGGUUCCAGUUGACGCAAGACAAGGCGGCGCGGGUGGUGCUUUGAAUCAAAUUCAAGAUGGUGCUAGGUGAAGAGCAGGAGGGCUACAGUAAGAAACUGUGACCAUAUCUGCAGAAGAAGGGUGGAUUCUAAAACACCCUAUGAUCCUCUUGCUCAAUUGUUUAUUACUUCAAAAUUCACUAAAAUAUUUCACAACUGGAAUGCCCGUAUGUUCAAACCUUCUGGCUAAUAUAUGUAAUCACUUUCAAAUACUUUAUUAGAAAGUUUGUAAUGUUCAAGUCAUUGGACAGAUCAUAUGCUGGUUUCACUAAUUUGGAAGCAGGGAGCCCUAGUUUUCAUUUGUAAUCUGGGUUUCUUCUGUACCCUUGACAUCAAUGGUGGAUUUUGUCUAUC